GGUCCGCGGAAACCCUAAGCUUUCUUCGGUUGGAGUCCCUGUCGCCACUGCAUCCUUGAUUUUCAGUCAACUCCUCUGCUUUAGAACCCCAUACGGCCCAGGAGGCUUAAUCUGCAAAAGGAAGAAACAUGGGGAUUGAGGAGGAUAAACUCCCUAGUUCUGUUCAUGCCAUUGUUUUCAAAGACUCAGAUUCUCUUGAAGGGAAGAGUAUUAAGAUUGAGGGGUAUGAUUUUAAUGAAGGUGUUAAUUAUUCCAAGCUGCUCAAGUCCUUUGUCUCCACUGGGUUUCAGGCCUCUAACCUAGGAGACGCCAUUGGAGUUGUCAAUCAGAUGCUAGAUUGGAGGCUUGUUGAUGAGAACAUUACCGAGGAUUGUAGCGAGGAGGAGAGAGAUCCUACAUUUAGGGAGUCUGUGAGAUGCAAAGUCUUUUUGGGUUUUACGUCAAAUCUUAUUUCAUCUGGUUUACGGGACAUUAUUCGCUAUCUGACUGAGCAUCACAUGGUUGAUGUAGUAGUUACUACAGCUGGUGGUAUAGAAGAGGAUCUGAUAAAAUGCCUUGCUCAUACAUAUAAAGGUGAUUUUUCACUACCUGGAGCUUAUUUGCGUGCAAAAGGGUUGAACCGCAUUGGUAACUUGUUGGUUCCUAAUGAAAACUACUGCAAAUUUGAGGAAUGGAUCAUUCCAAUUUUUGAUAAGAUGUUGAAAGAACAGCGCGAAGAGAAUAUUUUGUGGACUCCAUCAAAAGUCAUUGCUCGCUUGGGAAAAGAAAUAAAUAAUGAGAGGUCAUAUCUAUACUGGGCAUACAAGAAUAAUAUUCCUGUCUUCUGCCCUGGCAUAACGGAUGGCUCAUUAGGGGAUAUGCUGUAUUUUCAUUCAUAUCACAACCCGGGUCUGAUAAUAGAUGUAGUGCAAGAUAUCAGGGCCAUAAAUAGUGAAGCUGUCCACGCAAGUCCUAGGAAAACAGGAGUAAUAAUUCUAGGAGGUGGCCUGCCAAAGCAUCAUAUUUGCAAUGCCAAUAUGAUGCGGAAUGGUGCAGAUUAUGCAGUGUACAUCAACACUGCCCAGGAGUUUGAUGGGAGUGAUUCUGGAGCUCAUCCUGAUGAGGCUGUGUCAUGGGGGAAAAUACGAGGUUCUGCUAAAACUGUUAAGGUACACUGCGAUGCAACGAUUGCUUUCCCUCUGCUUGUUGCCGAAACAUUUGCGUCAAGGAGGGAGGCAUUCGAGAAGGCUAAUUCUUAGUUAAUACAAUAUUCGGAAAACCGCAAAUACUUUCAAUUCUAUGUUGUUACUCAUUUAUGCUGAUCAAACUAUUACCGUACUAAAUUGUUUAGCAACUAUUGGCAAAGGUUGUGGCCACACUUAGAAGUGUGAAGGCCAGACAACUUUCUGUAUGUUAUCUUUUAAAAUGUUGAUUUAGUUUUAAUUGCUCUUAUAAACGAGUAAUAACUGU